AUGACUUCAAGUGAAUCAGAAGGUCGCAAAAAAAGACAUCGCCAGCGUCGUCAAGGACUACAAAGGCAGCGUUCUGAAGAAAUAGAAACAAUAGAUCUUGCUGAUGUACCAUCUAUCGCAAAUAGUAACAAUUCACAAUUCAUUGUUAUUCCAACACCAGUUGAGGAAAGCGAAAGCAGUGAUACAUCACCAUUACUUGAAAUUAUUAAAAGAAAAAAACGAAAAGAAUGGGCUAAGGUUGUGGCACCUGUAGAUGGACGUGCAAUAGAUAGAAAAACAGAAUCAGUCCUAACACAACUGUCAAAAUUGUUUUCAAAAAUUCCAUCACCCAUUGGAUUUUUACUCGAUUUUAUUGAACAUCGUAAUGGAUAUACAAUACGUUCUUAUUUUCAAUUCGUUGUUUGGUUAUUUUAUUUAAAUAUUUUCACAUUCAUUCUUUGUUUUACAUGUAUUAUAAUGCCAACACUUAUUUAUCCCAAGCCAACGGAUUUUUCUAUCUAUGCUAUGGAUCAAUAUUAUCAAAUAAACAAUAUAUCAAAGAGUAAUGAAUCUUUGGGACAAUGUACAUUGAAUGAUCCUCGUUGUAUAAUUCUUAAUACACCACUUUUAAGUCAGAAAAAUGAAUCCAAUGAUACCUGUUUGAAUGACUCGUUUACUGCGGGUAGUUGUUGCUCAUUACAUGCAGAGGCAUUUUUUGUGAAUUCAUCAAGUGAAGGUGAAAGUGAUUGGAGAAAAUUCUUGAGCGAUCUUAUCGAUGGAACGGGUUUUUUCACUCUCAAUCGAAUGUAUAUUGGUUACUAUCGAAAUUUAACAAAGUCCGGUGGUGAAAAUUCAUAUUUUCAAACUUACAAUAUGGGCUUGGCCGUGUUUUUGACAAUAUUUGCCUGCCUGCUGAUAACAGGCAUUAUUAUUAUACGAAAAUAUGGCGAUGGUAUGAAAACAAGUUAUGUACAAAGUGAAACAUUUCAAAAUAAUAUUUUUCAAUAUGUAUUUGCACGAUGGGAUUAUAGUAUCAAUAAUAAAAUUGUUGUUAGUCGACAUGAACAACGUUUUAAAACCGAAAUAAAAAAUAUUCUAUUAGAAUGUAAUGAUAAAGUCAAUUUCAAAUUCGAUCGAGCCGUCGAUAAAAUAUGGUUUCAAAUACAACGUAUAGGUCUUUGGAUUAUUACAUUGAUUAUGUUUGCUGGCGCGGUUGCUGCUAUCUAUUUUACGAAUAGAUUUGCAUUUCAAGAAAGAGCAAAAAAAGAAAUUAAUAACGGUGCUAGUCAAACAAAUCGUCUUGUAGAGAUGGCUAUCGAAUAUUUACCUUCAGCAGUAGUCUCUGUUAUUAAUUUGGUAUCACAAUUAAUUUUUGCUUUCAUGAAAGAUUUCAAAUUAUAUACGCGUACAACUUCUGUUCGUCACUAUUUAACUCGAGUGAUUUUGAUGCGACUCGUUUUACUAUUUACUUUUGUAUUCAUUAUUAUUCUACAAAUAACAUGUAACACUAAUGAAUGUGGAAUGCAAUCAGAACUGGUUGGUUGCGAUGAAAUUAAAGGACAAGAAACGUUUAUACAUUGUUGGGAAACUCUAAUUGGCCAAGUUAUUUAUCGACUUGUUAUUACUGAUACUGUCGUUAUGUUAGUUAUUCAUCUUGUUGUUGAUCCAUUGCGAAGUUUACUCACAUGCUGUUGUGCAUCAAAAACAGGAGAUAUGAAGAAUGAAGAUGAAGCAACUAUAGAUACAACUCAAGAGCCACCUACUCGAUGUUUUCUUUGUCAAUCAAUGGAAUUUGAACUCGAAGAUUAUGUAUUGGAUUUAACCUAUACUCAAGCAUUAUGCUGGCAUGGUUUACUGUUCUGUCCAUUUCUACCAUUGGUUGCAGCAUUUAAAAACGUAGUGAUCUUUAUUGUUAAAUUGUUAAGUCUAGCACUAUUUCGAAAAAGAUCUGGAUUAGAAUUGAGUCCUGCACGAGCUUGUCAUAUGUUUACGUCUGUGCUUCUGUUUUCUUUUGUUUGGGCUUUGUUGCCAGUUAGUUUUCUUGCUACAUCACUUCGACCAUCACGUGGUUGCGGUCCAUUUCGUUUAUAUAGUCAUGAGCCUGAUUUUUAUAUUUAUUAUUCAAUUCGUAAUAUUAUUACACAAAUUAAAAAUGAAGUUUUGACCAACAUUAUUCUUAAAAUUAGUAGUGCUGUGGUCAUUAUUCCAUUAGUUUUAAUCUUGAUUCUAUUGUCAUGUAUUCUGAGCAUCCGACGUAACAGUUAUCGAGCAGCUUCUAUAGAACUUUAUAAGUUACUGCAUUCAUCUCAUAAAACACACCAGUUGGCUGUAAAAACUACGUUAACUACAACAACAGAACUAUAA